CACCCCUAACAGACGGUAAAAAAACAAAAAAUUUCCUGGCGAGCGGACGACCAAUUUGCGAACGGAACACAAAGAGUAGCUUUUCACUCUGUGAAAAUGGAAAAGCAUCACCGCCUGCCGCUCGUGUGUGUGUCUGUUUCGAAUCCAUCCCCAAGCAUAUAGAACAUGUGCGAUUCCUGAGGGCGUAGAGUAGGUAAACAGCUCGGUGCUGGCCCAAAAAUUACAAAUUUCCAAUCGCUCGCAACGACUUUCUUCGCGCAUAAGCAAAGCGAUAUAAUAAUAGACCUACCAACACAAACAAGCGCUCGGCGCUGAGAGGAGAAAUAAAAAGCAAGGAAAGGAGGGGAAAAUAAAAGUGCAAUAGAUUCGGUUUACAUUGUGCAAAAAAUCGAAGUAGCCCCUGCCAACAGGGUCGCUAAAAAUAAAUGAAGACGGCGACAGCCUGUGUUUAUCGUUGGAAAUAAACAAAUAACCAGCGGAGGAGAAUCAUAACAAAAGCGCAAGACCAGGCAGCAUAAAGACAAAGGAGCUCCCGCUCUCGGGGUUGAAAACCCCCGCGAACCAGGAUCGCACCGACUAUGAGACACCCUGCCGUCUAGUUCACGGAUAAAGCCACGAACAAAAUGCCUUGCGACAACGCCAAAACCUCGGACAUCGAGCAUGUGGACUGGAACUCCAGUCAGCACUAUGCAAAUGUCAGAUUCGGAUCGGGCAGCAGCCAGGCCUCGCAGAACAGCGGCGACAUCUGCCGCAUCUGCCACUGCGAGAGCGAUCCGCAGAACCCGCUGCUCACGCCGUGCUACUGCUCCGGCAGCCUGAAGUACGUGCACCAGGCCUGCCUCCAGCAGUGGCUCACCGCCUCCGAGACCAACUCCUGCGAGCUCUGCAAAUUCCCCUUCAUCAUGCACACCAAGAUCAAGCCCUUCAACGAGUGGCGCAGCCUUGACAUCUCCGGCAUCGAAAGGCGGCGGCUGUGCUGCUCGGUGCUGUUCCACUGUGCCGCCGCCCUGUGCGUCAUCUGGUCGCUGUGUGUGCUCAUCGAGCGGGCCGCCGACGAUGUCCAGCGUGGCCUAAUAGACUGGCCCUUCUGGACAAAGCUGGCCGUCGUCACCGUGGGCCUCACCGGCGGCGUAGUCUUCAUGUACAUCCAGUGCAAGGCAUAUCUUCACCUCUGCCACCGCUGGAAGGCACGCAACAGAAUUCUGCUGAUUCAGAAUGCGCCGGAGAAGAUUCACCCCCUGGCACCGCCAUCCCCGGUGGCCGCCCAUCAUCAGCACUUCAGCGAGCCGCUGGCCCAUGCUGGCCCGGCCAGCGGAGCGGUGGAGAUCAAUGCCAGCGGCGCGGCCGGAGCACACUGUGCCCACGAGGCGAGCUGUGCAUCGAUGGAGAGUGGGGGCGGCGCUGCGGGCUUGGGACUGCAUCAGCAGAUGCAACGUCUCCUGAACUCCUCGCCCCAUCAUAUGCUGCAAAUGGCCGCGGAACUGGAGGUGCCGCACAGCAGCAGCAGCGCCUGCACGCAGACGGAGGACGGACAUGGCCACCAGCGGCACCAGCAGAUGCAGCCGGGCGGCCAGCAAGUGGGCCAAGUGGCGGUGGCCGCCAACAUCGAGUGCUCCCAGUCGCAGCACAACUACGACCGCGACUGGGCACUCGACGACGUUGUCUCACAGAUCUCCUCAUUCCGGCCCUGUCCCCAGGGAUCGGGUAGCAUGACGCCCUUCCACGAUUCCAUACACAACGUGCUGGAGCACUCGGAGGGCUCUAGUCGCGGCUCGGCCACGGACCUCUGUGCCGGAUCGCGGCAGGAUCUCAGUGCCAGCGGCAUCUCCACGGACACGGGUCGCGAACAUGCGCUGCAGUUGAGCAGCUUCAGUGGCAGUGGCGAGCACAAGGCACCCUCUAUCAGCUCCGGUGUCUCGCAUGCGGUGGCCAAUGGUCUCGGUGGAUUCGUCUAUAAGCCGCACCAGACAAAGCGCUACUCCAACUCGUCCAUCUUUCUGGAGAACCGCGAUGUGCUGAGUGACCAGACCAGUGUGGGUCCAGACACCGCCGUGCAUCCCUACGAUUACAGCACGCCGCCAAAGAUCGACUACCGCCACGCGGGCAUGAUGGGCGUGGACUUGCCCAUUGGCUGUUGCACCACUGAUUGUCUGGGGGGCCAGGUGCCCAAGGAGGAGCUGCGCCGCUUCUCGGAUCCCAAGCUGAAGCCCGGCGAGGCGGACACCGUGCUGGAUAUUGAUCUGCCCACAUCGCCACUGUCGCCACCUGCCGCCUAUGCAUGCCAGCAGAAACAGCAGCGGGAGUCGUCCCAUAAACAUCCACAUCCGCUUGUGAUCUCCUCAUCCUUUGACAGGGGCGUGGACGGGGUCAGUAGCAGCAAGAGCAGCAGGGGUCAUGGUCAUGCGGAUGCCCAGGUGGAUCGAUCGCGGCUCAGCUUCAAGUCGUUGCCAAAUCUCAGCAGCAGCUGCGAAAGCCUCCUCCAGAAGUGAGGGAGGACGAGUCCUGGCCAACUGGCCUGGAUGUGAUCCACUAUGAUCUGCGUGCGCUCUCUCACUCCCCUCACGAAGCCCUCUGCUCUCAAGUAUUCACCGCUGGUCGACGGAGACCCCGAGAUCCCCACAGACAGUAAAAAGGAAAUACUAUUUUUUAUACCGCACACCAAGGGGCUUCAAAAGCCAGAUCGUGGCCAGCGGCCCAACAAACCCUAUGUUCUCCUCUUUAUAUAGCAAAGCCCAUAAACAAUUUGAGACUGCAAUGAUUAAAACAAAACACAAAACAAAGGAAAUCUUAAGAGAAAAGAAUAUUUAGAAACCGGCAGAUUACGUAUCUAGAUUUAGUCGCUAAAUCGAUGUAUAGUUUAUCCCGUAUCCGUGUACUGCUAUCAUCCAGCCUCUCCGAUCCCAUGCAUCCAUGUCUACUAAGUUGUCCAUGCCAAAAAGCCCAAAACCAACCAGAGACAGUAAUUGUUUAGUCCCAGCGUAGGAUUGUGUGUUUUGUUUCUUAUCUUCUAAGUCAAAUGAAAUUUUAAAAAAUUGAUCUGUGAUUAAGCGUCAUUGAAUAUACAUACAUAACGUGCAUAAGUGCAAGCAACAACAUAUUGACAGCAGCCGCAGCAGUAGAAAAUGCCGAAAACAAAACAUUUUUACUUAACAACAACUAAGAUACAACCGACAACAGCAACAUGACAACCACUAAAAGCUUUCUCGCGGUUAACAGCGAACGCGAAGUUGAGAUACAUCCGCAUCUCGAGAGCGCGCUGAGAAUUAUGAAUUAAAGCCGUUUUAGAUAUAGACAUAGCCUAAACAGUAAAUACUUAUGAUCGCUACGAGUUACGAGCAUGAAAACCAAUAAGAAACCAGAACGGGCAACUAAAUUUUUUAUUAUGUAUUAAAUAUUUAAAUAAAUAUGUGCAAACAAUUGAUUAAACUA